AUGGUACCGGACUGCGCCAAGAUUCGCAAAGGCUGCGGCUGGCGCAACCCCGACGGGCUCGGGUUCCAUAUCACCGGCGCCGCCGACGACGGACAGGCCAAGUUUGGCGAGUUCCCCUGGACGGUUGCCAUCUUCAAGAUAGAACCACUGAACAACAAGUCGAACAGUGAAAAGCUCAACGUGUACGUUGGCAGCGGCUCUCUCAUCCACCCUAGCGUGGUUCUGACCGCGGCACACCACGUGUCCAGCAGCCAGUUUCGCGUGCGUGCUGGCGAAUGGGACACGCAGACCACAAACGAGCUGUAUCCACACCAGGACCGCGAUGUCAAGGAGGUGAUCGUGCACAAGGACUUUAACAAAGGCAAUCUGUUCUAUGACAUUGCGCUCCUCUUUCUGACAUCGCCUGUGGAUCUAGCGCCGAACGUAGGCGUGGCGUGCCUGCCUAACGCCGGCGCCGGAGCGCGCGCCGCCGCUGGCACGCGUUGCCUGGCCAGUGGGUGGGGCAAGGAUUUUGGAAAGGGGACGUACCGACCUGUAAUGAAACGGGCGGAGGUUCCAGUGGUAGACCGAGCUCGCUGCCAACAGGAGUUACGCAAAACACGCCUCGGCGACAUCUUUGAGCUGCACAGUUCGUUCAUGUGUGCUGGUGGCGAGGCCGGCGCCGACACGUGCAGGGUCGACUCUGGCGCGCCUCUAGUCUGUCCUGCUCAGUACGAGCAGGACCGUUACAUCCAGCACGGGAUCGUGGCGUGGGGCAUUGGUUGCGACGAGCAGACGCCGGCGGCGUACGUCGACGUCGGGCACCUCCGGGCGUGGAUUGACGACAAGGUCCGCGGGCACGGAUACGACCAGACAGUUUACACUUACCUCGACUAGAAUUACUAAUGUCCUGGAGGUGGUUAGUGGUUAGCACUCACCGCUGCCCA